UGGUGUUCUCACCGUGUGCGCCUUGACCUCGAGACCGGAUCUCCGCUCUCGGUGGGUUCUCGCGGUACCGACGCUCUCCUGCUCUGACAGCGGCUCCUCUCGGUUCCUCCGGUUCUCCUCCUCCUCACACCGAACCGGACCGGUGUCACACACGAGAGUCUUGUCCGAGACGGAACCGGCGUCAUGUCGGAUUUCGAGGAAUUUGAGAAACAGCUGAGCGAGAAUCGACAAGCAGAGCGAGAACGAGAGAGACACAAGAAGAGGAGUCACAGUGGAUCCGCAGGCCGAGGUGACAAACACCGCAGCCGGAGCAAAGAGCACGGCAGCCGCAGCCGCGAGAAGCGAAGCCGCAGCCGGGACCGGAAGAGCCGGGACCGCCGGAGCUCCUCCCGGGACCACAAGAAGCACAGUCACUCUCCGAGGCGAACGAGGAAGAAAAGGACCUGCAAAUACUGGGACGUGCCUCCUCCCGGCUUUGAACACAUCACACCAUUGCAAUAUAAAGCUAUGCAAGCGGCCGGUCAGAUACCAACGAUAGCUCUGCUGGUGACGUCCACCACCACUGGAGUGACCGCGGCGCCGACACAAGUGCCCAUAGUGGGCAGUCAGAUGACGAGACAAGCCAGACGCCUCUACGUCGGAAAUAUUCCCUUCGGAGUAACUGAGGAGUCCAUGGCCGAGUUCUUUAACGCUCAGAUGCGACUCGCAGGCCUCUCGCAAGCUCCGAGUAACCCCGUACUCGCCGUGCAGAUCAAUCAGGACAAAAAUUUUGCUUUCCUAGAGUUCCGGUCUGUAGACGAGACGACGCAGGCCAUGGCCUUCGAUGGAAUCAUUUUCCAGGGUCAGUCGCUGAAGAUCAGACGGCCUCACGACUAUCGACCUUUACCCGGUAUCUCAGAGCAGCCGGCUUUCCACGUCCCAGGUGUUGUCUCCACUGUCGUUCCAGAUUCGCCCCAUAAACUGUUUAUCGGCGGUCUGCCGAACUAUCUGAAUGACGACCAGGUGAAGGAGCUCCUGACGUCGUUCGGGCCGCUCAAAGCGUUCAACCUGGUGAAGGACAGCGCCACGUCGCUGUCGAAAGGUUACGCCUUUUGCGAAUACGUCGACAUCAGCGCCACGGAUCAGGUAACGGCGGCGGCUUCUCGCGAGCUCGUCAGCGGCGUGUUGUUGUUCCAUCGGCUGCUCAGCGGCCCCUUGUGUUGCUCUCUCCACCAGGCGGUCGCGGGGCUCAACGGGAUGCAGCUGGGAGACAAGAAGCUGAUCGUCCAGCGGGCGAGCGUGGGAGCGAAAAACGCCACGACUACCUCCAUCAUCGAGACCCCGGUGACGCUGCAGGUGCCGGGGCUCCAGCGGCUGCAGAACUCGGGCCUGCCCACGGAGGUGCUGUGCCUCCUCAACAUGGUGAUGCCCGAGGAGCUGGUGGACGACGAGGACUACGAGGAGAUCCUGGAGGACAUCCGCGAGGAGUGCUGCAAGUACGGCAGCGUCCGCUCCAUCGAGAUCCCGCGGCCCGUCGACGGCGUCGAAGUGCCCGGCUGUGGAAAGAUAUUCGUAGAGUACGUAUCUGCCGCAGACUGUCAGAAAGCCAUGCAGUCCCUCACCGGCCGCAAGUUCGCCAACCGAGUGGUGGUCACCAAAUACUACGACCCGGACAUGUAUCACAGACACGAGUUUUAAAGCACAGACGAGGCCGACGGAGCGACUCCCCUCCUCCCUCCUCCCUCCUCCUUCCUCUUGGGUUCAGUCGGUUCCUUUUGCUCCUCUGACAUGUUGUGAAUGUGUCCACAUGAGACAUUACCGUAUCGAAACAUAAAAUAAUACUGCCUGACAAUGCCAAAAGUAGCUGUCGAUCAUAUGCACUAUAUGAAGAAAAAAAAAAGUUUAGAUUUCCCUCCUGAGCACAAACGUUUAUUUGUGUCACCGUAAUUUAUUUAUUUAUUUAUUUUUACGAAAUAUUAUUUGAUUCUCCGCGAGCCUGUUUCCUUAAACAUACGAUCACUGUACUGCUUCCAUAGACCAAAUGUUUGGUGUGUUUUUUUGUCAAAAUGUGAAGAAACAGCCUCAAAGGUCUUUUAGUAAAUAUGACAAAUUUAUGUCUUAAAAAUAAUAAGAAUGUAUAGAAAGAAUAUAAUAAGAAAACUGUGCACACUGGAAGCUACUUCAAUGAGAAAGUUACCUGAAGACUUUAUUUAUCUGACACUGUUGACUGUUUUUUAACCCCGCCCCCGAACAUUGAUUGUCCAAUCGUGUUAGCGAGUCUUAGAAGUAGCCUACAUAAUGCUAACGAACUAAAUACGAACGUUCUUAAAUACAGUUAAGCUAGAAAGUUAGCUGAAGAGAAAAAAAAGUAUUUGAAAAGACUUAUUUUAGCCGUAGCUUGGCGUUGAUGUUAGCUUAGCGGUUUAGCUAGCGACAGAGACAUUUGCCCUUUGAUCCAUUAUCAAAUCAACUGUCGCCAGCUGAAAGACGAUAAGCAGCUUUUGUCUUGUGUCUUAAAUCAAUAAACCAUUACACAGAAUUUAAACCGAUAAUCUGCCACAUUAGCAUUUUAAAGCUCUGCGUGAGGAAGGAAAAUGUAGCCCACAUGGUAACAGUAUCUAAGGGGGUGGGGCUUAAUAAACAGUCAAGUGUGCUCCUUGAACCAGCAAUAGUCUACAAUUUAUUGUCAAAAUCAGAAUAACACAAUCAAAUGUGUCUCUGUGGCCUCUUUAAAAGAUAAAGUAGAUAUGCACGCGUCACCUUUAAGUUCUGUAGAUAGUAUAUUUAAUAUAUUUCUAAAGCUUUAUUAUUUUUUUUCCUGUUUUUGCACCGUUUUUAAAGAAAGAUGCAUUAAAAUUUAAGCAUUUCUUUAUUUUGAAAUAUUUUAUCUCCUCAUUAAAGCACAGGCACAAAUGCAGCAUCCAUACAAAUGCACGUGAGGACGAUAUGUUCUGUUCUUAAGUUAACACACUAUGUUUGACUGUAAUUAGCAGAUUGUAUCAAAAGAUAAUGAAGGACUACUGUAUUUUAUACAUUUUUGGAAGCCCCAGAAAUUUUAGAUUCAUUUUUGUUUGUACAAUCCCUGCCACUGCCAUCGCCUUGAAUAAAUGCUUGCAUCCACUGAGA